AAUAUGAAAGAAUGUUGAUUUCCCCCCAAUUUUCGUGUGUGGUCAAGGGGAUUUCCUUAUUAUUACAUGAUAAUCGACUAGGGGGAAACGGUAGGCUAGAGCACGUGGACUGUGUAGUUUGAUGGGAUGGCACGCCCCUGGAAUACCAUGACAGAUGAUUGGUGGAGCGGCUUUACGAUGAACGCACUAAUGGCACCCGGAGUACACAGUCGGGCAAGGCGCGGAGCAUCCUAUCGGAAAAGAUACCACUGUCCGUGUCAAUGACAUUUUUAAUCUUAAAGUGGUUCAAAUAGUAUUUUCAACGGGUGCAGGGGAAGAAUUCGCGUUGGAGAGCAAGUCUCCCGAAGUKCAGCAUAUAGACACCAAGCAUAGAGGCCGAUGCAGUAGUCUGUCGCCAUGGCCUCAGAUGCAAGUCACAUGUUGGAGGRGGCCUUGGAGCAAAUGGAUGACAUCAUUGCAGGCUCCAAAGCUGCAGCUGAGUACACCAACGGCCUGUUUGAGCUGGGCUCCCCGGGCAGCACGGGACCCCUGCAGGUGCUGCAGCUGGUUGAGGACCUGAGGCUGGCCCUGGAGCUGCAGCCCAGAGAGGAGGAGAGGGACACCCUGAGGGCCCAGGUCCCCAGCAGCACCGCUCACAUGCUCAUGGACUGGCUGGACAUGGACAGGUGCUCAGAAAGGGUCUCGGUUAACCUCUGCUCCCCGGUGAACAAUGAGAGCUAUCAGGAGCGGCUGGUUCGCUUAGAGGGGGACAAAGAGUCUCUGGUGCUCCAGGUGAGCGUGCUCACAGACCAAGUGGAGGCUCAGGGAGAGAAGAUCCGAGACCUGGAGAACUCUCUGGAGGAGCACUACCACAAACUCAACUCCACUGAGGAAAUGCUACAGCAGGAGCUGCUGAGCCGGACCUCAUUGGAGACCCAGAAACUGGAUCUAAUGGAUGAGGUUUCCUACCUGAAACUGAAGCUGGUCGACAUGGACGAGGAACAGAAUCACAACGACAGCAGCGAGGACCAGCAGAACAAAGCUGAGUGUGUGGUAAAUCUGAUUAGCGAGCUCCAGGAGCAGAUGUGUAGGUUUCAGGAGGAGAUCCACACCCGGAUCAUGGAGAAACGGGCCAUGGAGGCCCAGGGGGAGAGUGGUGCCCGCAAGGCCUAUGACCAGUGCCCCGACGUGGGCUUGGUUGGCUCUGACGUGGAGGAGUUUUGCUGUCGCUGUGGAGGACAGAAUGGCUUCCUGCAAGAACUCCGGUUUCUCAAGAGUAAAGUGGAUGAGCUGGAGGGGGAGAAAUCMCAGUAUGAGAAAAAACUAAAGGCCACAAAGGCAGAGAUAGCAGACCUACAGSAGAUGCUGGCCUCCAAAGACUCUGCGAUUGAGGGCCUACAGAGCCAGCUGGUCUCCAGAGGCCCAAUGACCAAUGAGAACCCAGAGAGAGUAGAGGAGGUGUAUAGGAGACAGCUGACAGACAAAUACCAAGAAUUGCAAAGGUUGAAAAUGGGGAUGGAGUCUUUGGUAGCAACUAACUAUGAGAAAGACCGUCACAUAGAGGAGCUGACUGUUCUCCUGGGCCAGUACAGGAAGAUGAAGGAGGUGAUGGCCCUCACUCAAGUGUCCAGUGAGAAGCUCCUGGUUGGGAGCAGUGAGGAGGAACUGAGUGGGAGUCUGAAGAUGAGGGCUAUCACCCAUAAAGCUCAUUCACAUAUCAUCCGGUCAGCGAUGUCUUCUAGAGGCUCCUCUCCCCUGUUAGUGUCUCCCUCGUCCUUCCAGAAAGAGCUGGACUCCAGCUGCCGCAGUAUCCAGACCUCCCUGAAGACGUCGAUGGUGAUGGUCUCCCAGAGUGAUGCUGGCUGCUACUACAACGGAGAAUGGUCCCAACCACGGAUGCUUUCAAGUAGCCUUGAGGAGUUACAAAGUGGAUCGUUACCAAAGCAUGUAGUGGUGGGUCAACCAGUUGAACCGGUUUCAGAGAAUCAGCACGUGGAAAUGAACAAAUAUCAGACCCUACCAGGGAAGCUGUCUCGACCUGACAUGAAUGGGGAUCGAGAGCAGUAUUCUACACCAGACCAGCUGUCCCCUGACGAUAGCGAGGACAGUGAGUUUCACCUAAGAAAGUCGGAGAGACUGGAUGAGUCCACGCUGUCAGACUUGUCUCCCCUGUCGUCUGGAGUGGACUCAGGACAGCAGUCCCCUGUCUCUCCAGAGAACAAGAAAAACCACCGGGGCAUCAAGAAGCUCUGGGGAAAGAUAAGGAAGACCCAGUCUGGCAGCCUGCAGGGAGAGGACCUUGAGCCUGGAGAGUUUAAGAGGGGGGGACUGAGAGCCACCGCCGGCCCUCGCCUGGCCCGGGCCGGAGAGACAUUGACCUCUGUGCGGGAUCUGAAGACGCCCUUCUCCAAGUGGACUCCGGAGCAGGUGUGUUGCUGGCUGGAAGAGUAUGGGCUGGGCCAGUAUGUGAUUCUGGCACGACACUGGGCCGACAGCGGGCAAACCCUCCUCUCUGCCUCACCACAGGAUUUAGAGAAGGAGAUGGGGAUUAAGAAUCCACUGCACAGAAAGAAGCUGCAGUUGGCCCUGAAGUCGUUCAGCACCAAACUGACAGAGAAAUCAUCUGAACUGGACCACAUCUGGGUCACACGUUGGCUUGAUGAUAUUGGUUUACCUCAGUACAAGGAUCAGUUUCACCAGGGAAGGGUAGACGGCAGAAUGCUUCAGUACUUGACAGUGAACAACCUCUUGUUCCUGAAAGUGACCAGUCAGCUCCAUCACCUCAGUGUGAAGUGUGCUAUCCACGUCCUCCACGUCAACAAGUUCAACCCCAACUGCCUGAAGAGAAGGCCUGGGGAUGAGAACAAGACGUCUCCCUCUGAGGUGGUUCAGUGGUCUAACCACAGGGUGAUGGAGUGGCUUCGCUCGGUGGACCUGGCGGAGUACGCUCCCAACCUGAGGGGCAGCGGGGUGCACGGGGGCCUUAUCAUUCUGGAGCCUCGUUUUAACUCAGACACCCUGGCCAUGCUGCUAAACAUCCCCCCUCAGAAGACCCUGCUGCGACGCCACCUGGCCACCAACUUCAACAUYCUGGUGGGCUCCCAGGCUCAGCAGGAGAAGAGGGAGUUCAUGGAGUCGUCUGGCUACACUCCCCUCAGCACCACAGCCAAAGUCAGGCCAAAGAAGUUGGGCUUCUCUAACUUUGGCCACCUGAGGAAGAAGAGAUGUGACGACUCGACUGACUACAUCUGCCCCCUGGAGGCGGCCCAGGCCCAGGCUCAGCUCCAGGCGGUGGUGAACGGGGCCCACCGGCCCUACUCCGGCUUCAGGGGCCUCAGCCCAAUCCUGGACAGAGACCCAGACAGACGAGAGCAGAUGGCGGUGACAGAGGGGACCGUACUGCAGAUAGAAGCUCUUUCUGAGGGAAUAAACCAACUCACAGGUUUCAGAGAGGAGAGAGGGGCUGGAGCUGUUCCAAACAUCAAAGGCAGACCCAUACUGGUCAUAAGGGAAACCACCCUCUGACCUAAUCCUGUAGACAUGGGGAAGAUAGAGAGCAAACAACCAGCCCUGGACAUUCCCAAGAUAAUCUCAACCUGGUGGGAGAAGCCACCAGCCUCGACCAUGACCAUUCCCAACAGGAACUUCAAUUUCUCAACCCUGUGGGGGAGGAGAGAGAGCAAGCCACUAGCCCCGGACAUACCCAGUGUAUUAUCCACCCUGUGGAGAAUCCUCAACAAGCCCAGUUGUUGACUGAAUCCAUGACUGAGAGGGGGGAGGGACGGCAGAGGACUUCCCCCCCCCCGGAGGUAUAUACUGAAUCCAUGCAAGAUGGCCAAGACGGAGUCUGCUAAUAGGAACAAGGCAGAGAGGAUGGUGGAUUUUUGCGUCUCCAUCGGUAAUGACUGCUACUCCCUCUUUCUCCUAUUUGGCCGCAAGGCACCGGCAACAUCUAUGGGGUGCUGAGCAACAAAUGUCACAAUGCUAUAGGAAGACUAAGAACAACCGGGCACUCAUUGAGAAUUUCUUUAAAAGGGUCCAGGUUCUUACAUACGCCCACAGGAACGCUACAGGCUUUCGUCACCAAGAGAGACAGUGACCCUUUAACUCUGCUCAUCAAGUUUACUUGACCAGUAUGAUCGAUGACCGUGCAACCAUUUGUUACAUUUCUCUGUGUCUACUGUAGUGUUUCAAAUGGGGGGUAAGGACAGUUGUGCUUGGUGGGUUUAUGCUUGCCUGGGACUCGGGGACCCAGUGUGCUGAAAUUGGCCUGUGUCCAUGUCUCAUGUGUAAACUACUGACCCAUGCCUGCUGACAGRUGCUCACACKCCUUGUGUUUAGUAUUUAUUUUAAUAGGCUUAACAUUUCACUGGCAACGCACCAGUGUGGGAUUUCUCUUAUCACUACCAAAUGACAUUAAAACCUUUCUACAGCUUACAAUACAGCAAAUAUGAUUUGCCAUAAAAUAUUUUUGUAUUUUCUAUGAUGGAUUUAAUGACUGAUCACAUUGUGAUAUCUUCACCCAUAACAUGAUUCUAAGUCAGUGACUGUUCAUUUGAUUAAGGUGGAUUCUUUUUUGUUAAAAGUAGUAAAACAAAAAUUAAAAAAAGAGGAUGGAGUUGGAAAAUAAAUAAAAUAUGUAUUUCUGGAUGUCUUGAGUUAUCUUGUGUAGAAAAGGAAUAUGUAUGUUGAGUAGAGGUUGACCGAUUAUGAU